AUGUGGGCAGCACACCUCAGCUGUAUUUUUGUUUUGUUUGGUGUAACGGCCGGCGGCGGAGGCUGGGAACCCCUGGGUACUCCGUACUUCGAUAACAGCACGAAGCGCGAAGCCACCGCCGCCGUGGGGCAACCUGCUUAUCUACACUGCAAAGUUAGAAACCUUGCGGACCGAGCGGUAUCCUGGAUCCGCAAGCGUGACCUUCACAUCUUGACAGUUGGAGUUCAUACAUAUAGCAGUGACGCAAGAUUUGCCGCACUUCACGCAGACGGAUCAGAUGAGUGGACACUGCGAGUAUCACCUGCACAGCCGCGAGAUUCCGGAGCGUACGAAUGCCAAGUUUCUACAGAACCAAAGAUCAGCUUGUCGUUUAGGCUUACUGUUGUCGUGUCAAAAGCGGAAAUCCUGUCUGGCCCCGAGCUGUUCGUCAGGGCCGGAUCUGACAUCAAUCUCACUUGCGUAGCGAAAUACGCCCCUGACCCACCGAGUUUUAUCUACUGGUACCGAGGCGAACAAGUGGUGAACUAUGCACAACGAGGGGGCAUUAGUGUGGAGACGGAACAACGCACGCGCACAAGUCGGUUACUCAUAGCGCGGGCUGCGCCACACGACUCGGGGAACUACACCUGCGCACCUAGCAGCAGCGAGUCAGCGUCGGUGAUCGUUCACGUACUGAGUGGGGAGAGACCGGCUGCCAUGCAGAGCUCCGGGUCAACGCCACCGCGCCUAAGCCGCGGCAUCUUGAUGUCUUUUGCCAUCAUAACUACGCUGCGACAGCCCAAACCUACCCUCGUCCUAACUUUCCUUAUCCUUACAUACUACACCACUAUUUCCACGUUUAUUAUUUUACUUCUUUUCGUUAAUACGCCCAUAAAAUUCCUAUCAAAAUUUACGACAACUUAUUCCGAAGCGACGUCGACGUCUUCAAGAUGA